ACUGAGAAUGUUUACUUUGCCCAUUUCUUCUUCUUUGCACUGUUUGUGGCUGGAAUUAUACAAAAUGGUUUCUCUAUUUUAUCCUAGAUUGAUCUCUCUUCAUUUGGACAGAAAAUAUUCUUUUUGACUAUUUGCACAACUUUUAACUGAACAACUUAUAAAUAAAGAGGAGAGAAAGGACAGGAUCUUAAAUGUUGAAAGGGGAGAUCAAUUGGACAGGGUGGAAAAAGAGCAAAUAUACCUAAGUUAAAUAAUAGGUGGUAGAAAUAAUGGACUAGUGAUAAUAUAUUGUGGAUUGAAAUGAAGAACCUGGAAUGAUGGAUCUUCAGUAAUUACUGAUUUUGUCACCUUUUUUUGGACAACCUGUAAUGAUUAAUUUAUAUCUAAAUUCAGACCUACUGGUACUAAUGGGUUAGAUUUAUUUUAUUUAUUGUGAAAAUUGCUUCCUUGGUUAUACCAAAUACAAGGAAGCUUUGCAAAAGGGAAGGGCGAGAUGUUCCACAAACUAUUUGAUCUUCUGAAAGUAGGUGCACUGUCUCCUAUAGUUUGGAGGCAUUUCCCCUCGUAUUGGUUUUGUGUAUUAAAUCAGAUGGAAAAGCAACAGAAUAGUUGAUAAGAGUGGCUGGUCAAAACCUCAAAUCAUUGUGUGAUCUGAAACAGAAUCCAUAUGGCACAUGAUGAAUGUGUGUGACUGGCAUGUAUCAGUACAUCUGAGUCUGUUUUAUACAUGUGAUAUGUUGAUGGUAUAUCUUUAAUGCAAAGGCAAAUUAGAAUUAAUUUUCUAGCCUUGACUUUCUAUUUCAUCUCUCCUGCUCUCAGCUUCCUUUCUUGUGGUGUGUUUGUUUAUAUAUAAUCACACACUCACGAGUGCUAUGUACCUAAGUACAAAUCAUAUAAAAGCUAGGUAACUUAAAUAAAAGAGCCUGAAAUGCAAUUAAUUCCUUCUUUUCAAAUUUUCAUAGCUUGUUAUUACAUAAUACUGGUAUAUAUGGAUCUGCCCAAGAACUUUUAUAAGAUGCCUCUUAGAUACAGUCAGAUGAGCUGCGCUAGUGUUUUUUAGCAAUCAGCAGAGGCUUGAGGCUAAGGGAACAUCUGCGUCUGAGUUUCCUUUCAGCCUACCACCAGCGCAAUAAGUGUGAAGCGUGAGGUAAGACCACAAAGAUGGAGCAUAAUGUAUAGGGAAGAAAUAUGAGGGGGGCACAUGAAAUGAGGUUGCCAAAGAGGCCAUUUUCUAUAAGUUGGUGUCACAAUAGAUUCACUUUGUCACCAAAGUGACACUUUUCUCAGAGCUUAUUGGAGACACUUUUCCCUCAAUAAAUGUUGUUGGAUCAGUGUCACUUUAAAUGUGUGUGAAUCAUAUGUAAGUCUUGGUUGGUAUAUUUGCACCUAUUGUGCAAUUUGUGAAUUUUGUAAGUGUGGGUUUAUAAAUGAUUUUUGUUGACUGCUUUGAAAAUGUAAAGCACCUAUUCUUUAGCUACUAAAUAUUUAUUAUUUUGUUCAGGUAACAUUAUAUUAAUACAUUUUUAAAAGUUUAACAGUGCUAUCCAAAUAUUUAUAAAAUGCAGCUGAAGUACACUUUCUUUCACUGGGGGUUUUUUCAACUCUUUUUUUUUUUUUUUUUUUUGUGGUCCUUUUUCUCUCUGCUCCUUUUCAGCAGCUUUUUCUUGUCUUCCUUUCAUCCUCUUUCUAUAUGUGUAUAUCUCUUCUUUUUCCUUCUUCACUUCUUCCAGCUCUCUACUAUCCUGUUCAUCUCCUUCCAAAAAGGUAGGUAAAAGACAAGUAAGAGGUGGGAUACAGGGGAGGGAAACUGCAUGUGAGUUUUUAUUAUUAAGAUGUGCGUAGAGUUGAGGUUUACUGUGUUGAAAAUAUGACAAAGUAGGAUAUAAUGCCUGAAAUAAUAGACUGGGAGGGCGUAAUUGCCUACUUGAGGUCACUUUUUGUGUUGAAGGGGCAGCACUGUAACUUCCCUUUAUACACUACAAAUGUCAGUCCUACACACUGCAGACUAUGCUUUUCCCUACACAUUAAGAACUCCGGGUGGUUUUUUUUUGUUUUUUGUUUUUUUUUAAUCCUGCUAAAUGCAGUGCACUUUUCGUAAGUCUUGGCUGAAGUUUCUCUUAAUUUAGUUCACUGUGUCUUGUAGACAUCGACCAAUAAUAAUAUAACUCUGGUAGCAAUAGCAGCAGCCAUCUUUGAUAAAUGUAAGUGGAAAUGUUCCUUAGUUUUUAGUUUCUGUUCCUCGCAUUCACUGUAAAAAUUAUUUUUUGCACAGAACAAUAUUGGGCACUCCUCCUGGUGCUCCUGGGACAGUUAAAAGAAUGCUCUUUUUAGUUGCAUUAACAGAAACGAGAUGGGAUCAGUUUGUUGCAGUUAUGCAGGACAUCAUACAAACUGCCGGGAAUACUGUCAAGCAAUUUUUCGGACAGACUCUUCUCCUGGUCCUUCACAAAUAAAAGCAGUUGAAAGUUACUGUGCCUCUAUUAGUCCUCAGUUAAUACACUGCGUGAACAACUACACACAGUCAUAUCCAAUGAGAAACCCUACAGAUAGUUUGUAUUGCUGUGACAGAGCAGAAGAUUAUAUCUGCCAAAGUGCUUGUAAAAAGAUUCUGAUGUCAAAGAAAACAGAACUUGAAAUUGUUGAUGGACUUAUAGAAGGGUGUAAAACAAUGCCUCUGCCUCAAGAUCCACUCUGGCAGUGUUUUCUUGAGAGUUCAAGGUCUGUUCAUCCUGGAGUCACUGUGCAUCCUCCUCCUUCAACAGGCCUUGAUGGGGCUAAAUUGCAUUGCUGUUCUAAAGCAAACACUUCCACAUGUAGGGAGUUGUGCACUAAACUUUAUAGCACAAGCUGGGGCAAUACACAGAGUUGGCAAGAAUUUGAUCGCAUUUGUGAGUACAGCCCAGUUGAAGUUUCCAUGUUGACCUGUUUAGCAGACGUUCGAGAACCUUGUCAGCUGGGUUGUAGAAAUCUCACUUACUGCACUAAUUUUAAUAACAGACCAACAGAACUUUUUAGAAGCUGCAAUGCUCAGUCAGAUCAAGGAGCCAUGAAUGACAUGAAGCUUUGGGAGAAAGGAAGUAUUAAGAUGCCAUUUAUAAACAUUCCUGUUCUUGACAUUAAAAAAUGCCAACCAGAAACAUGGAAGGCAAUUGCUUGCUCACUGCAGAUUAAACCUUGUCAUAGUAAAUCUAGAGGAAGUAUUAUCUGCAAAUCAGAUUGUGUGGAAAUUCUCAAGAAAUGUGGAGACCAAAAUAAAUUUCCUGAGGGUCACACAGCUGAAAGCAUUUGUGAACUUCUAUCUCCAACAGAUGACUUUGAGAACUGUAUCCCUUUGGAUACAUACCUUAACCCGAGUUCUUUAGGUAACAUUGUGGAAGAGGUUACACAUCCAUGUAAUCCAAAUCCUUGUGCUGCCAAUCAGUUGUGUGAAGUAAAUAGAAAAGGAUGUCAGUCUGGAGAACCCUGUCUUCCCUAUUUUUGUGUUCAAGGUUGCAAGUUAGGAGAAGCUUCAGAUUUUAUUGUCCGCCAAGGUACACUUAUUCAGGUUCCAUCAUCUGCAGGAGAUGUUGGUUGCUUCAAAAUUUGUACCUGUGGACAGAGUGGACUUUUAGAAAACUGUAUGGAGAUGCAUUGUGUUGACCUUCAAAAGUCAUGUAUUGUUGGAGGACAAAGGAAAAGCCAUGGAACAUCCUUUAACAUAGAUUGUAAUGUCUGUUCUUGUUUCGCUGGAAACUUGAUAUGUUCCACUCGUCAGUGUCUUAAUGAGCAUAGCUCAGCAGAGGAACGUCGUAUGUUUACAGGUCUACCAUGUAACUGUGCUGAUCAGUUUGUCCCAGUAUGUGGGCAAAAUGGACGCACAUAUCCAAGCGCAUGCAUAGCACGAUGUGUUGGGCUCCAGGACAAUCAGUUUGAAUUUGGAUCAUGUAUCUCCAAGGAUCCUUGUAACCCUAACCCUUGUACCAAAAAUCAGAGGUGCAUACCAAAGCAGCAGGUUUGCUUAACGAGUUUUGAAAAGUUUGGAUGUAGCCAGCAUGAAUGUGUGCCAAGACAAUUCAACUGUGAUCAGUUACGGGAUCCUGUUUGUGACACAGAUAAUAUGGAAUAUAAUAACUUGUGUACUUUGUACCAAAAAGGAAAAAAUGUAUCAUACAAGGGUCCAUGCCAGCCCUUCUGCAAAUCAGUGGAACCAGUAUGUGGACAUAAUGGUGAAACCUACAGUAAUGUGUGUGCUGCCUAUUCUGACCGUGUGGCUGUGGACUACUAUGGACAUUGUCAAGCUGUAGGAGUUGUUUCAGACUAUAGUUUACAAACAGAAUGCACCUCUGUUAAAUGUCCUCCUCUUUCUGCAACUGGAUGCAAACCAGUUGUUGCACCAGGAGCCUGCUGCCCACUGUGUGCUGGAAUGCUGAGAGUCUUAUAUGAUAAAGACAAGCUGGACACUUUUGCCAAGGUAACCAAUAAAAAGCCAAUAACUGUACUUGAAGUACUUCAAAAAAUCCGUCUACAUGUUUCAGUGCCACAGUGCGAUGUGUUUGGAUACUUAAGCAUAGAAUCUGAAAUUGUGAUUCUCAUCAUACCCGUUGAUCAAAACCCCAAACCGUUGCAGAUUGAAGCCUGCAAUAAAGAAGCAGAAAAGAUAGAGUCGCUGAUAAAUUCUGACAGCCCAACUUUAGCAUCCCAUGUGCCGUUAUCAGCACUUAUCACAUCCCAAGUGCAAGUUUCCUUUAGUAUAUCUUCUUCUUCUAUUAAAGCUGUACCUGUAUUGCAGACCCUGCUCUUGAGCCUUAUAUUGACCUUGCAAGCAGCAAUCUAUAAUACAUAACUGCUUAGAAAAUGUGCAAAAUAAAUAUCCUAUUGUAUUUUUUCUAUAUUGCGAAGGACAUUCAGAACUGCUGAUCUGUUAAUAGAGCAAAAUAUAUUUUAAGCAGAAAGAAAAAUAUAUAUCAGUUUGGUUCAACAAAAUUCCAGAAAAAGGUUUUAAUGUAGUACAUUUUUUCAUUAAAAAUGAAUUUUAAAAUAUUUGAAAUAAUCCAAAAGAAAACUCUCCUAUUAAUCACAAGUCAAAAGAUUUUUUUCACAGACAAAUCAUUUUCUUUAUGCACGCAUACCUUAAAAAUAUUGUACAAAUCUCUAAAAUUGUGAUUCUGUGAAAAGGGAGUUGUUACACAUAAAUUCUAUUAUUUUCAGCAGUGAACAAAUGUAUUGAGAUUUUUGAAAAGUGUUUUUUGUUUAUUAUUCAGAUGUAUAUCAUUGAGAAUUAUGAGAAGCAUGCACCUAUUUUAAACAUCAAUUUUUGGAAGAAACAAAAAUUGCUGCUACUUAAAUAAUUUACCAAAAAAUGAACUGAGUAAUUUUAUGUGUGAGUAUAUUAUCUUAUAUUUUAUUAUGAAGAAAGCUAAAUAGCCAUGGCCUAUCCCAGCAAACUUACACAUUUGAGUAGCUUUACUCACCUGCUUAAGUGCUUGCAGGAUAUUGGGCCCCAUGUUUGUAAAAUGACAAUCAUUUUCUAAGCCAGAACCUUAUUUACAUUAAGAAAUGGACAAAUAUAUUCAUUUCUACAGUUCUGUAUAUUGCAAAUACCAUGUAUUCUAUCUGAUUUUCUUAUUGGAUACAAAAUUAUAAAGCCUCUAUUUAUAAGUGCCAUUUUAAAUAUUGCAGUAUUUGCAUGUUAUCUAAUGAAAUUUACACUUUAAAUAUGUUGUUUUUAUACAAACAAUACAUUAAAAAUUACUGUGUUUUAUGCACAUGAACUUAAUCUACAUGAAGUGUUUUGUAUCAGUAUUAUAGUAGCCAACUUUUGAAGUUUUUACAGAAAAACUUUUUUGCCAAAAUGUUGAACUUUAAAAGAAGGCACUGAAAACUUUUUGGACAUUUUGUUUGUUACUGUAGCAUGUUUGUAGCAAUUAUUUUCUGUUAAAAAUAUUUUCAGUGCAAAUGUAUCAAAGCUUUUUUUAUUUUAAUAAAGAACUUCUAUUUUCUCAUGUA